CGUAGGACGCAGGAAGUCGCCUGAACUACAGACAUAUACAACCAGAAGAAGAAGGUUAGCUAGUUUAGCCCAAGCUAGCUGGCUAGUGACUGUAGUGGAUUAAAGGAAAACAGACUCAGAGGAUAAAACCGGUUCUGGGAUGCUGAUCUGCCGAGGGUCGUAGUAACAUAUGUUUCGUAUACCUGCCUGUCGGCCCGUCAAAAAAAUUGACCGGGCAUAUAGUUGUUGGAUGAUACUCCGGAAUUAGUAGCUGAAGGGCCCUGAAUCCGCGGUGCUUGGGUGAACGACAACCGGGGAUUUCCGGGAUCCCAGAGAGGGAGCAACAAGCCAAAGGCUAACUAUUUACCAGCGAUUCACUGCACCGAAACUACUCCUGAACAUGUCACACACCGGACCCCCUCCUCGAUGGCGGAAUUGUCCCAGAAGAGGACAACCUGUGGCAGGCAAAUUCCUGCCGAUGAAAACGAUGCUGGGUCCCAGAUAUGAUGACCAAGUUGCAGAGGAGAACAGGUUUCACCCGAGCAUGCUGUCCAACUACUUAAAAAGUCUCAAAGUGAAAAUGGGUUUGCUCUUGGAUUUGACGAAUACUACACGCUUUUAUGACCGCCACGACAUUGAAAAAGAAGGCAUAAAAUAUGUGAAGCUUCAGUGUAAAGGCCAUGGUGAAUGCCCUUCAAAAGAGACAACCGCGAUGUUCAUCAAUUUCUGCGAACACUUCAUGGACAACAAUCCCACAGAACUGAUAGGUGUUCACUGCACGCAUGGCUUUAACCGGACAGGCUUUCUGAUAUGUGCGUACCUGGUGGAGAAGAUGGACUGGAGCGUUGAGGCAGCUGUCGCUGCUUUCGCCCAGGCCCGGGCCCCGGGGAUCUACAAGGGAGACUACCUCAAAGAGCUUUUCCGUCGCUAUGGAGACGAGGAGGAAACACCCCCUGCCCCCGCACUGCCCGAGUGGUGCUUCGACGACGACGACGGGGAAGUGGACGAUGAUGGCAACGCGGUCAGCCAGGAGUCGGGCCCCAGCUCCUCUGGGUCCGCGCCCGGCAAGCGAAAGAAGGAGAAGCUAAAACUGGGUGCAGUAUUCCUUGAAGGCAUCACGGUGAGAGGCGUCACACAGGUCACCACACAACCCAAACUAGGCGAGAUCCAAAGAAUGUGUCAGGAGAUGGCCGAGUGGGACAGGUCUGGUUUUCCCGGUGCUCAGCCUGUGUCCAUGGAUAGGCAAAAUCUUUGUUUCCUGGGACAGAAGCCAUACAAAGUCAGCUGGAAAGCUGAUGGCACACGGUACAUGAUGUUGAUCAACGGAAAAAAUGAAGUGUUCAUGAUCGACAGAGACAACACCAUCUUUCACAUAGCAAACCUAGAGUUUCCUUUCCGGAAGGAUCCACGUGUCCACUUAUCAAAUACUCUACUGGAUGGGGAGAUGAUCAUUGACAAGGUGAAUGGUCAGCCCGUCCCCCGCUAUUUGAUAUACGACAUCAUCAAAUUCAAUGGACAGCCUGUUGGCCAGUGUAAUUUCAAUACCCGACUGUUCUGCAUAGAAAAGGAGAUCAUUUCUCCCCGGAUGGAAAAGAUGAAGACUGGACAGAUUGACAAAACCAAGGAGCCCUUCAGUGUCCGGCAUAAGCAGUUCUUCGACAUUCAUGCAUCACGGAAGCUACUGGAAGGCAGCUUCAUGUCCCAGGUCAGCCACGAAGUCGACGGGCUUAUCUUCCAGCCAUGCGGGAAAUACAAGGCUGGGAAGUGUGAUGACAUCCUCAAGUGGAAGCCACCCAAUCUCAACUCCGUGGACUUUCGCCUCAAGAUCACCAAAGUUGGAGGAGAAGGGCUGAUUCCACAGACUGUCGGCUUGCUCUACGUCGGCAACUAUGACAGGCCCUUUGCAAAUAUGAAGGCCACUAAAGAGCUGAAACAGUACGACAGCAAGAUCAUCGAGUGCACCUUCGCCAACAACAGCUGGGUGUUCAUGAGGCAGAGGGUGGACAAGAGCUUCCCCAACUCCUACGAAACAGCCAUUGCUGUGUGUAAAAGCAUCCAGGAACCCGUCACAAAGGAAAUCCUGUUGGAGUAUCUGGACCGCUGUGCUCAGGGAGUCCAAGCCCAGAACCGGAAACACCCGCCAGACCCAGACUCUGAGCUAAUGCCCCCUCCCCCUCCAAAGAGACCCAACCGGGCCAUCCCAUAGCCCAUGGCCAGGCCUUCUGGACUGCUCCACAGUCACUGUGUACAUCCACAUCACCAGCCACAUCAUCCCCCCUGACAGAAAACAGACAUUUUAAGGCUUCCUUACCCUCUGCACAUUUGCUUUAUCUGCCUGUACAUGUAAGGACUUCAGAAACCUUUCACUGACUGCCUCAGCGUCAUUAAUUUACCUUGUAGACCUCUUUGUAGCUUUAAUUGGUGGUGUUCUUAUUAAAUUGAAAAACAUGA